UUUAGAGAGCCAUUUUUGUGUAGCCAAUAGUAAAGUGUGUAACAAAUUGCGGACUGCGGUCCACAGAGGCCGCUUCAAGAAAGACCUGUCAAACCUGGCUAUCAUUUAGUUAUGCAUCAUAUGGACAUCUUAUCUUCGGACAUAUAGGAGUGCGGGACAGAUUGGUGGCAGCAGACAGAGAGGGGGCGCUGUGGAGCCUGCUGGGGGUUUACCCUCACAAUUGUGACACAUUAUGGCACCUGUGGAAACAUAUCCACCUGAUUGGGAAGAUGAUGAGCGGAUGUCCUUCCUUUUUUCAGCUUUUAAACAAUCAAGAGAUGUUAAUAGCGCCGACUGGGACAGCAAGAUGUCCUUCUGGGUGUCCAUGAUUCUCCGAUAUACCCAGUCACAAGGAUUGCUCAGUGUUACGCUGCGCCAAUUGCAAACUGAAUUUACACGCAAAGGGAGCAUCCCUCUUGGACUUCCUACCGUCAUUCAGGAGAUGGUCAGACAAGGAACUCUGCAGAGGGAGUCAGAUUUUGUGUCUGGUGUCACAAGUGGAUGGUUGGCGUGGAGCAUGCGACAGCUGGUCAUUCGUCCUCUCCGCUGGACUGCUGGAACUGUCCUCGGUAUUCAGAUUUCCCCUGAUGAGGCACUUGUGAUUCCUGAAGUUGUAAAGAAAUGGUCAGAGUUGCUGCUGAAAAGGUAUCCGUCAUCUUCCCUAAACUCUCUUCCUGUGUUGCGUGAGGAGGAUGUGCAAUCACUUUGGGCAGAGAUUUGUCCAAAUCCCUCUUCAUUGAAUCUGGUUUUGCUGCAGCUUCAGAGAGACAAAAAGAUAUGUGUGCUGGAGAAUGGUGAGGAGAAGCUGAUGAAAUUUGUACAGGAGGGCAUGGGUCAAGUAACUCCCAUUGGAGACACAGAUGUGGGCAUCUAUGAGCUACGUAAAUGUGAGAAGCUUCUCUCUGAGAGAUUACAGAGUGCAUGUGAGGAGUCAGACAAGCUAAAGAUGGAGGCAUUAAGCUGCAAACGGUUAGGAAAUAAGCAUCAGGCCAUACGCUGUUUACGACGCAGGAAAUUAGCAGAGCGGCGAGUAACAGAACUGCAUAACAAGCUGGAUACAGUGCAGGGCAUUCUGGAGAGAAUAUCGGCAGCUGAAACGGAUCGCAAGGUCAUUGCAGCAUAUGACGUUGGAGUCUCUGCCCUUCGACUGGCUAUGAAGGAUGUCAAUCUGGAGAAAGCUGAAAGCUUAGUGGAUCAGAUUCAAGAGUUCUGUGAUCUUCAAGAUGAUGUCAAUCAGACUCUGUCAGGAGCAUCAGUUAAUGAUAUUGAUAUAGAUUCUGACGAUCUAGAGAGAGAGUUGGAUGAUAUUCUCAAGAACGUAUCUGAUCAGAUCGACCUUCCAGAUGUCCCCACUACUCCAAUCAUCUCCUUGCCACAGCAUCCUAGUAUGUUUGAGAGUGACAGAGACGGUUCUCAGCAAGAUGACCGCUCACACUUGCGUUAUGCACCACAGCCAGUACUGCAGUGAUACCCUCUGACUUCUCAUUGCCAUCAUUACUACUGUGCCCACUUGCAAGCUUUUUGUUGCAUAUCACCUUUUCAUGAUUACCAUAUGACUUCUAUAAACGUAUUAACUGAAAA